CAGCUGCCAAGUCGUUUUAUCUGAACAUCUGAAUGAACUCCCACAUAGUAUUUAAACAUAGUAGUUUGCUUAAAAUAUUAACUAACAACACAAAAUUAGUUAUAAUCUGGAUUGCAGCCAUUAGAACAUCCUGGUAGUUAUUUUAAAGAUGAGUAAAUGGUGAUUUUAAUUACUGUCUUCCUGUGUGUAUCGUGUAGUUAACUUGCAUGUCACUGGUAUGGUUAUAAUGUGCGCGCGCGCGUGUAUGCGGUCCGUUAUUUUCCGGGUUGUGCUCAUCGUUAGCAGCAGUUGCUCUGCCUCAGCCGCCAGCUGACACUUUUACUGGUGAGGUCAAAUUUGAUUCUCUCUCUCUCUCUUACCCUCUCCCUCCCUCCCUCUCUCUCUCUCGGUGUGUCGGCCUGUCUGUCUGUGAGAGAGGCAGCUAACUAGCGCAGAAUCAUCAUCAUCAUGGCGGUUCAAGGCGAAUCUCCGGUUCCCGUCCACCACCCGCAACCAGCGCUGACAACCAGCUGGCCAAUAACCAGGGAGUCGUACGAGCUGCAGGAAGUCAUAGGCAGCGGGGCCACAGCUGUGGUACAGGCAGCCCUCUGUACCCCCAGACAGGAGCGCGUCGCCAUAAAGAGAAUAAACCUGGAAAAAUGCCAGACCAGCAUGGAUGAGCUAUUGAAAGAAAUCCAAGCAAUGAGCCAGUGUAACCAUCCCAAUGUUGUCACCUACUACACCUCCUUUGUAGUAAAGGAUGAACUUUGGUUAGUCAUGAAGCUUCUGAGUGGAGGCUCUAUGCUGGAUAUAAUUAAGCACACAAGCAAAGAUGAGGACAGAAAUCGAGCGCUAGAUGAGCCCAUUAUUGCGUCUAUAUUAAAAGAAGUCCUAGAAGGCCUGGACUAUCUGCACAGAAAUGGACAGAUUCACCGGGAUGUGAAAGCUGGGAACAUACUACUGGGAGAGGAUGGAUCUGUUCAGAUCGCAGAUUUUGGAGUAAGCGCAUUCCUCGCCACAGGGGGGGAUAUGACUAGAAACAAAGUACGAAAGACUUUUGUUGGCACGCCAUGCUGGAUGGCGCCGGAGGUGAUGGAACAGGUUCGAGGCUAUGAUUUCAAAGCAGAUAUAUGGAGUUUUGGAAUUACAGCCAUAGAGUUAGCAACAGGCUCUGCACCCUAUCACCGCUACCCUCCCAUGAAGGUUUUAAUGCUUACCCUACAGAAUGAUCCACCCAAUCUAGAGACAGGUGUAGAGGACAAAGAAGCGCUUAAAAAAUACGGAAAAUCAUUUAGAAAGCUAAUAAGUAUGUGCCUUCAGAAGGAUCCUGCCAAAAGGCCUACAGCCGCAGAGCUUUUGAAGUGUAAAUUCUUCCAAAAGGCCAAGAACAAAGAAUAUCUGGUUGAAAAGCUUUUAUAUCGUGCACCAAAGAUUUCCCAGAGAGCGAAGAAGGUGAGGAGAGUCCCAGGCUCCAGUGGCCACCUGCACAAGACAGAGGAUGGAGACUGGGAGUGGAGCGAUGACGAGCUGGAUGAGGGCAGUGAGGAGGGCAAGGCUGCUGUCAAUCAGGGCAGGUCACGAAGGGUCAAAGACGAGGCCAAAGAUAAUGAGGAGAAUGCCAACAAUGUCCCUAUCGAAGGGCUGUCUAUUCAGCAUCCCCAGGUCGAACCCUUUGAGCAUAGUCCCUACAUUCAAGGUGCUGUGAACAUGGUACUACGGCUAAGGAACUCUAGAAAGGAGCUGAAUGACAUUCGGUUUGAAUUCACUCCUGGGCGAGACACAGCUGAUGGCGUUUCCCAGGAACUGUUCUCGGCGGGCCUGGUCAACGUGCACGAUGUUGUUAUUGUUGCUUCUAACCUUCAGAAGAUUGUAGAUGACCCAACUACCUAUAAAGUGUUGACCUUUAAGUUGGCUUCCGGCUGCGACGACACAGAGAUCCCGGAUGAGGUGAAGCUGAUCGGCUUUGCACAGCUAAGUGUUAGCUGAUGCCCUCUUCAUGCCUGAAGCAGGUGAGACAGUUCAGGGCAGACAGACUGAGGAACACAACACCACUUCCUGCAACAUCUUCCCCAACACCCUCCCUGAAAACUCACUCCCACUCCUCCCUUACCUUCUUUUCACCUUCCCUGAGGCCAAGCACCGCCCCGCCUACGCCUCCAUAGCGCCGACUUCCCUGCUUACUGUCCCCUGACCUUUAACCUUAACAACAUUCCACCGCCCAGCGCACAGAGCGGGAUUAGGAACAGCCCCGGAACCUAAAGAUGUACUCAGGUGGUGACAUAAAGUGAUUAAGAUGUAGCUUUGAAUCUUUUAUUUAUUUUUUUCUUUUACUUUUUACAUCACAUUACCUUUGUGUUCAGCAAAGAUCUUAUUUAUUGAAAUAAGAAGAUAUUUUUAUUUUGUUUCUCAUGCUGUUUUGUUGCCACAGUAAAAACAAAUUUGCUAUGACUCGCAUCUCACAAACACACUUAUUUGUGAUGUUUCCCUGAGGUCUUUGUCAGAAUGUAAGAUUUAGUUAAUAUAUGGGGAAAAGCACAUUUUCAUAAUAACAUAAUGAAUGUUUAAAAAGAGAAUGCAUUUUUUUUUUGUGUCAAGACCUGUUUAGCAAUGACAAGAAGUGACCCAUUUGCUUGAGUGUGCAGAAAAACAAAAUGAGACCUGGAUGCUACUGUGUAUAAUUUGCUACUCUCGACAGUGCUAAUGCUUCAAAAUGUUAGAGGUGCCUUGUUCAUUUUCCUGUGCCUAAGAAAGUAGUCAAAGAGUGAGACCACACAAAGAGCGGGGCCUGCUGAUUGCCAUUUCACAAAUGUAUUACUCCAGCAAUGACACAAAUCAAGUAUCUUAACUUAACAAGACAAGCUACAGUGCACUUUUGGGCUGAGUAUGACAAGCAGAUGCUUAGCCCCGGGAGACAAGUUAACUUAUGUGCUUUUGUUAUCGGCCAUAAAACAUAACCUGUAGUCAUGUAAUCUGCUCUGGCUGAUGUGUAUUCAGAUGCCAGCUUAAUAGACAAAUCCACAUCCAUUUAAUUUUCUUGCUCUGUCCUGCUGCACUACAAAGCCUUUUGUUCCCAAAAAUAUAGUUGUUUCUAAAAUGUAUUGUAUGACAGUGCAUCUGAGGAUGAAACCAAAAGGCAACUGUUGAAAGGGUGACAAGCCAUUUGUUUGUCCAAACAAGUUCAAUAGCUCUAAAUUAUUUUUAAGUAUCGAGGUGGUACAUAUUAACUUCUACUAAAUUCUUUAUUAUGAAGUAAUUUGUUGUGUUUUCUAUGUACAUUAUGUGUACCAUUUCAGCAUAUUACCCCUGUACCUCUGUAAUCAGCUGAUGUCAAAUUUCUGACAAGGAGCAACAAUAAAGAAUUGCUAUUAUUU